GAGAUUUGAAGUGUGAGUUCCAGCUGACAGAGAGAGACAAGAGCGAGGAGGGAGAGAUAGCAGAGAGGAAUGGUGCAAAGGGAGCAACUUUAACAAACUGUUUCUCAGGUCACUGCGUGAACUGUAACUGCCAGGAGCAGCUUGGGGAGCGUGUGAGUCGUUUAGCUGAGGGCCAAGAGGAUAUUAAGGCAUAGAAAAAGUAAAAAAAAAAAAAAAAAAGCGAAAACUAAAACUGCUUCUGCUGACUACUGUCUAUCCAAGUGCUUCAUGGCUGCCACCCAGGCUGCGCUCCCUUCCUUCAGCUCCUUUUCAAAUCUCCCUGACAUGAAAGUGUGGAAGUGUGAAGACGGAUCAGCAGCUCUUGGCCCCGAGCAGCUGCAUCUCUCCCAGCAAAUGAGCGAGGAGCUUCUCGACGACGACAGCCAGGCUUCCUGGGACAUCGAGCUGCUGUUGUCUGAGUGGAGCAGCCCCUCGCCGGACCUCAGCCCUUCCCUGGACCGCAGUGAUGAGAACUGCCAACAACACCUGAACCAAGAAAGAGUGUACCAGGUGCCAGGCAUGCCUAAGGACCAAAUGGGUCAGGAGCAGAUGGACUGUAGUUUCAUGGCCGAGUUCAUGUCCCCGACUGCAUCAUACCAGCCACAAGUGUACCACCAAGCUUACAAUAACGACACAGCAGGUCGAAGGUCAGCUGCCAGUCAUGUCGAGCAGUUUGGCUUCUCCCAGGAAAGACACAACGCAGGGAGCCUUAAUGAAGUCACGUCAUGGGAAUUCAAUUCCUAUUACCAUCCACAGCAUCCUUCUUUAGUGGCUUUCCCUGACGGCAGGUUCAUCCCUCUCCAAGCAGCGACCUCCGACCCCCGACACUACAUUUACCCCUCUCACUUCACCCACGGUGCUAGCCUUUUCUGUGACUACACCAACAGCCAGGCCACUGGCCGUUUGGCCGUACAGCAACAGAUGGUCGGACCGCAGCUGCCCCCUGAAGGAGCGGAAGGGAAGCGUGGGAGAAAGUCGACGGGGAAAAAGAAACCCGCCAUCCACAGCUGUGAAUAUCCUGGCUGCAGCAAGACCUACACCAAGAGCUCGCACCUCAAGGCUCACCUCCGCACCCACACAGGGGAGAAGCCAUACCAUUGUUCAUGGGGAGGCUGCAGCUGGAAGUUCGCCCGCUCUGAUGAGUUGACGCGUCACUACCGCAAGCACACGGGCCAAAAACCCUACGAAUGUGUGCUCUGUCAGAGGGCCUUCUCCCGUUCAGACCACCUGGCUCUGCAUAUGAAGAGACACGCCUGAUGCUUAGUAUGGCAUCCAGAUACACACUCAGUCGCCAUUUUCUUAGGUACACUUCUUGAAUGAAAUCCUAUACAGGAGUUAAAUCAACACUUUUUCCUCUACAAAGAUAAUAAUGGCAAAUUCCAAUCAACACUGCCAGAGAGGUAUUCCCUCAAGGUUAAAAGGAUUAAUAAAAGCAAUUAUAAACGUUUUUUCCCCCAAGAAAGGUCAAUUACUUGUGUAAGAAAAAAAACAUGGGUGAUUCACACAUCCAAAGAAAGGUUUAGAGCCACCUUUAUUAAUUGUUAAUACUGUUAAUAUACAGUACAACAAACUAUAAUCCCAAAGGAGUUUAAUAACCUUCAAAAAGCACCCUUCAAAAAUGUUUUGAUUGUGGAAAAAAUUGCCUCCAAGUGCAAGCGUACAUGCCUAUUUCUUCUCCUUACACCUCCAAGGCUGAACGAACUCCUCCCCUCAGUUCAACAUAAAUACAUGGCCCCAGGAGGGUGCCAAAGCACUACUUUUUCAUUCAACAUGGAUUGGCUCUAACUUUUGGCAUCUCAGGGUGUUCCUGAAAGAGCAUAGAAACAGCGAGUAGGUGAGUUUCAGCAAAUAACUGCGGUUCCCCCCCAAAAAAGUUUGCGAAUAGGUGAAAUCACAUGUAGCGAAUUGUGAGAGGAACAUUACUGUUGAUGUAGUUUCCACAGAUGUACAACUACAUCAUCGUGAGAGGCACUUCUACAACAGCAUUACCUUAUUUAACUGCGUAAAAUGGGGAAGAUAUACAUCUCUGCAUAUGAUGCAGUUCAGUUCAACACCACUGUAAUAUUAUAACAACAAUUACAAAUAUUUUCUAAAUUAAUACUUCUCUGGCAGUGUCAAUCUAAACUGAGCGUUGUAAUUAUCUAGGCAAAGAUAUACUUCUUUGAGAUAUGUACAGGUUGAGCUAAUCAGCUAGCCAGUAUGGGUCCUAUUUUAGUAGACAGACAGCCAUUCGCUCGGCGUAAAAUCAGGCGCAACUUCAUUUUCAUGCUGGGGCAAGUCUAGUUUAGCAUGUUUGGGACUGCCUUGAACCUCACAGGGAGCCCCGGUGCAUGGGGCUACUUUGCCCCCGGCACACCUGAUGAUGUAGCCACAGAAAGUAGACUGCUCUUGCCCGGCAACUUCAUUUUUGUUAUGGGGCACAUCAAGCGUGCGUGUAAAUUUGCUGUACCGUACUGGUUGUCAUUUGGUGUUCUGGCACAUCUUCCAAUUUGGUGAGGAAAAAGUAGACAAAAUUUUAGACUAAAGUCUCCAAUUGUCCAUGUCUGAUGCGUGGCCGACAACGUGAUUUGCAAGGGGAGCUCUUGCAGUUUACUUGUAUAAACGCACUUUGCACGCGCCAUUGUCAUGCAAUGUCAACCACUGUGUGCGCUGAGGAGAGCCACUUCGAUUGCCUGGGAAUCGGCUAUGUUCCAUCCCACAACAGCGCAAAAGCCCUGUUAUGGCCUGUUCUAAUGUGCCAAGUCAAGGAAAAAAAAAAAAAGAAAACUCCACCCCUGCACACAGUUAGAGAAGUUACAAAUAUAAACAUUUUCAAAAA